GGGGAUGCAGCCUACCAAACGGACACUCGUGCAAACGCAAUUCACGUCCACAACGAAUAGUUGCAAGCAUGUGCUCAACAAAGCACACAGAGAAGCGCAAUGGGGGAUUCCACUAUGAUACGCAAGGACGACGACGACAUGGAGUUAGACACAUUGACGGAGCAGCCAACGGGGGGGGUCAACGAUGGAGCAACAAUCGUUGGAUCUUUCGGGUCUCUUGUAGCCACAAUGGCGGCGGGGCAAGGCGUAUUUGAGAUGAUGGAGACCGAUGCUGGCCAGGAUGGUGAAAGCCAGACGGUGAAGCUGGUACAAGAGGAGGAGGCAGCAGCAACAGAGCAGACGAAGAAAGAAAUGAGGAACAUAGAAGAAGUACGAGGAUGCAAACUAGGAUGGACGAUCCACUUAGCAACGGAUAAGUUGUCGGAGAAGGAGACGAUCGCGGUACAACAUUUACGAGAUUCAGUGCAAGUGGAGAAUCGGACGGUCUGGACAUCCACGUACAACAGGGCAACAAAAGAAGAACUAACACUAACCGGUUCGAGGCAAUUGGUUGAACACCGAAAUAGUUAACUUUUAUUUAAACCUCGUUAGGCUUGACAACAUGUGUCGCAUAAGCCAUCGCGAGUAUGAUAGUGGACAAGACGGAACCGUAGUAGAAGAAAAAUGGCGCAUCCCGAUAACGACAAUUUUUAGUUCCUUCUUCUUCGUGAAAUUGUCCGACGACGACAUGCAAUACCAAUAUAGCGUAGUGCAAAAGUGGAUGACAGAUAUAGAUGUGGGUGACGUGGACCAAUAGCUUCAUUCCAUAUUCGGCUGUCCAACCGUUGGACACUAGUAAUAGCGGACUUGAAACGCCACAAAAUGGAGUACUACGACUCGCUUACGCCUAACACAGGAUUGGCAAGGAAAGUGACAGGUGGUUUUGGAAAAUUCUUGUUCGAAAGAUCGGUUGAACAGGGUAAGGUGGUAGAUACAAAAGAUUUCAACCACAUAAUAUUAUGGAAUGUGUCAGGCAUUCCUAGACAGCGCGGCAUUAAUGAAUGCGGUGUGUUUAUGCUAACAUAUGCGUCAUUGUUGGCAAGAGGAUUUCUCCCGUCAUUCAACUUCUCUUUUGACGACAUUCACAAUAUAUAAAGGGACGGAUCGCUUUAGAUGUACUUGUCACACCGAACUAGCAGUUACUUGUGCAACAAAAGACAUAUGAUAGA